GUGGAUGCUGAGGAUCAGUGGCCUCUAGCAUAGCUGGAGACGACGGCAGUCGGUGGAAAGGAGGGAGGCAGAGCUAAGCGGGAAGGAGCAGCGUUUUUACCUUGCUUGAUCUAUGAAAAGGCCAGAGCAGCCUCUGUGAUCCUGAGCAAUCUGUCCUUUAAUCGCAAGGUAUUUCCGAUUUUCUUCUUCAGAAAGCUUUUGUUUUUAGUCCUUAUUUUGCCCCCGUUGUUGUUGUACCAGCUGAGUCAUCAUGUCUGCUCUGACGCCUCAAAGCGACAUGCCAACCCCCACCACAGACAAGAUCACUCAGGCUGCCAUGGAGACCAUCUAUCUUUGCAAAUUCCGCGUGUCCAUGGACGGAGAGUGGCUGUGCUUGCGUGAGCUGGAUGACAUCUCGCUGACACCCGACCCCGAGCCUACCCACGAAGACCCGAAUUACCUCAUGGCUAACGAACGCAUGAACCUGAUGAACAUGGCCAAGCUGAGCAUCAAGGGGCUGAUCGAGUCGGCGCUGAACCUGGGCCGCACGCUGGACUCGGACUACGCCCCCCUGCAGCAGUUCUUCGUGGUGAUGGAGCACUGCCUCAAGCACGGCCUCAAAGCCAAAAAGACUUUCCUUGGGCAAAAUAAGUCAUUUUGGGGACCUCUAGAAUUGGUAGAAAAACUUGUUCCUGAGGCUGCAGAGAUUACAGCAAGUGUUAAGGAUCUCCCUGGCCUGAAGACACCUGUGGGCAGAGGAAGAGCUUGGCUUCGCCUGGCUCUGAUGCAGAAGAAACUUUCAGAGUACAUGAAAGCCUUGAUUAACAGAAAGGAUCUUCUCAGUGAAUUUUACGAGCCCAACGCGCUGAUGAUGGAAGAGGAAGGUGCCAUCAUUGCUGGCCUCCUCGUAGGCCUGAAUGUCAUUGACGCCAACUUCUGCAUGAAGGGAGAGGACCUGGACUCCCAGGUUGGGGUUAUCGAUUUCUCCAUGUAUUUGAAAGAUGGGAACAGCACGAAAGGCAGUGAAGGAGAUGGCCAGAUAACUGCUAUUUUGGACCAGAAGAACUAUGUAGAAGAACUCAAUAGACAUCUAAGUGCUACAGUAAACAACCUGCAGGCCAAGGUGGAUGCCUUGGAGAAAUCCAACACAAAGUUGACUGAGGAGCUUGCAGUAGCCAACAACAGGAUCAUUACACUGCAGGAAGAGAUGGAGCGGGUUAAGGAAGAAAGCUCCUACAUCCUGGAGUCCAGUCGUAAGGCCACCAAGGACAGAACUGCUGACGGGCAGGCGCUGACUGAGGCACGGAAGCAGCUGAAGGAGGAGACUCAGCUGCGCCUGGAUGUGGAGAAGGAGCUGGAGGCGCAGAUCGGGAUGCGGCAGGAGAUGGAGCUGGCCAUGAAGAUGCUGGAGAAGGAUGUCUGUGAAAAGCAGGAUGCACUGGUGGCACUCAGACAGCAGCUGGAUGAUCUCAGGGCUCUAAAGCAUGAACUGUCUUUCAAGCUGCAGAGUUCAGACAUGGGAGUGAAACAGAAGAGCGAGUUAAACAGCCGCUUGGAAGAAAAAACAAAUCAGAUGGCUGCCACCAUCAAACAGCUGGAACAAAGAUUGCGACAGGCAGAGAAGGACCGGCAGCUGGCCCAGCAGGACAACCGGCUCUUCAAGCAGGAGUUUGGGGACAAAAUCAACAGCCUCCAGCUGGAAGUGGAAGAGCUCUCCAGGCAGCGGAGCCAGCUAGAACUGGAGCUAAGGCGGGAAAGAGACAGAUGGUCUCACAGUCACCAGCGCAGCCAAGAAAGCAAAAAAGGCCCAAAGAAUUGGCUCAGACAGGAUGGGAAGCUCAAAAUCCAGGAAGAAAAUACUAAACUGAAGCAGCCACCGGGAGAGAACAGCGUCCUGACACACAGGUCACCCAGCAGCACGCAGCAAGAACAGGAGCAGCUCUCGGGGCCUGGACACGCCGAGAUCUGCCAGCUCUGCCAGGAGGAGGACAGCCGGAGCCAAAGAAAGAACAUCUGCAAGAACUGUGGGGGCACCUUCUGUGAAGCCUGCUCGAUGCACGAGCUGCCCCUCCCGUCCAGCAUCAACCCCGAGCGCGUCUGCAACCCCUGCCACCAGCGGCUCAUCCAGCAGUAUUCCAGCAGCCCCUUGUAGGGAGCGGCUGGCACUGAGGUGACAAACAAGGGCUGGAGCUGACGGUGUUUCUGCCCUUGGUCAGGGGCAAUGGGAAGACACUUGCCCAUUUACUUUGGAGGUCGGAUGGGAAGCAGCUUCUUGGUGAUUAGAAUCUCUUGUUACUAGAACAACAGUCUGAGCCCUGUACCGACAGCAGCCUGUGCUGUGCAGAAUUGCAUUGGGAAUGUCACGUGGAGCAGCCCCAGGGUGUGCCUGAGCAGUCUCAGGACUCUGGGAGCCCCUGCCCAAAGCAGAGCUGUUGUCUGCAUGUGGAAGUCAGGAGCGUUCUCACCCUCACGUGUGCAGUGUGGGUGUGUGCUGCUGCUGCUGCUGCUGAGCAAAGGCUCCCCAAAAACCAGCAGGAGUGUUGGUAUUCCUCACAUCUGGCUGCACUUGAAAUCCCAUUUCCCCUUUUCCUUUUGCCCUGGACAGGCUGGCCAUGGUGUGAGCAGGGCAGUGAACACAUCCUUCCUGCGUUUCCUUGGCUCAGGGCUCUGACCAGGGGCUUAGUCUGCACAGGGGCACCCCAAACCAAGCUGUGAAUGUUCUGUUCCCCCUCUGUGCUUUAGGGGCUGGGCCCAAUCCCCGUCAGACAGAGGUUUGUGGCCACCUGGAUCCACCUCUCCACCUCACCCACACAGAAAAACAUUGUUACAAUAAACCUGGCAUUUCACUUUGUUGGAUCAAAACUAAAUGGGAACACUUUUCACCUGAUGGGAAUUUCAAUUGCACACACAGUUCAUAGAGAUUUCAUGGUUCGUGCCAUGUCAUUGUUUGUUAUGUUCCCUCAAGGAGUUCUGUUAGUUCAAAAAGCAGUGGUGACUUUUACAUGUCACAGGAGUGUUUACUCCUUUUCCCACUGGCACCUCCUGCAGUGCCUGACACCACAGAAUGUCCUGUAGUUCAUAGCAGAGGGAUGCACUGGAAUGACAAAGGCACCAGGGUUUGUACAGAUGUUGGUAGGGGGCAGCGGUUAAUUCCUGGAAGGGGAUCUUUUAGUCAUUAGAUUGGCAGGAGCCACUAAUGGAGCUGAGAUACCGACACAGUUGGUACUGCUCUGUACCAGGAAUCGUCUCUCCUGGAUCCUUUUAGGACUUGGCAUGUUCAGCCACCCAGCUUCUCUGCUUUUUUGCCCCCCAGAACAGCUUCUGACCCAUUUCCUUGCUGGUAUCCCCUAAAGUAUGGCAGGAGUUGUAAACAGUGUUGAAAUACCAAAAGCCUGGAAUUCAGGUGAGUUCCUGAGUUCUCUGCAGGGUUGAGGCACUUGAAGUGGAUGGAGAAAACUCAGAAUUUAGUGUCAGUCGUUUUCGAGUACGUCCUGUACACGUCCAGCAGUGCCAGCUCCUGCACCCAAGCCCAGUGUGACUCAUUCCCCAAGGAGCAAUUAACUGGAAAUGGGGAAUUAAAUUAAGCUCCAUGGAUCAGGGAGGUGGCUGAGACCCUCCAGAGCACAUGGGACUGGCCUGUGGGAAGGUGGGAGUGGGACCUCGCUGGCUGCCAGCUCCCUCUGUGCUCAGGUACUCUGUGUGAGGCCAGGGUGGGCUCACACCUGGACCUUGGGAGUGGGGGGACAAGUUUUCUGAUGUGAAUUUUGUUCCACACAAUAAAACAACUUGAUCAUUCAUAUCCUGCCUCCUGAGUGGUC